AUGAUGUUAUUUACUUAUUAAUAAUUAUAUAAUGGGAAGUGGGGCUACAAAAGAGAAAUAAGACGAAAUAAAUUAGACAGAACAUCAUUAAUCAUCGUUAACUUGUAUUUUGGUAUAUCGAUUUUCUUAGCAAUUGGAAAAGCUGAAGGUUCUCCACAAUUGUUUACCUUUAAAAAUAACUCCUAAUUAAGCAAAGCCUUUGGACUCUUAAAGAAACAAUAAUAUAAUGAAGCAAUGGAGACUUUGGAUAAAUUAAUAGAAGCCCAUCCUAAUUUGGCAGACGCUUAGUACUUAAAAGGUUUAGCGUAUCUUGGGCUCAACGAUUUAAAGAAUGCCCUCAUUUAUUGCUAAGCUGCUACCGAUAUAGAUACAAAACACACCCAUGCUCUUGCAGAGAUAGGGAACAUUUAUACUUUAGAGAAUAAGUAUGACGAAGCUUUGAGCAUUUUUCAAAAACUGAUUGAGUAUAAUGAGAAAUCUUUUGAAGGAAAUUUUGGAAUGGGCUUUAUCAAUUUAAUGUUAAAUAAUUUUGAAAUAGCGGAUCCAUAUUUCUAAAAUGCUUUAAAAAUUAAAGGAAGAGAUAAAGUAGCUUUACUUAACUAUGGUCAUCUACUCAUAAAAUAACAAAAGUUUGACUAAGGCCUUCACUAUUAUGAAGAAGCAUUAAAAGCUGAUCCUAAAUAUACAGAUGCUAUUAGUGCUAUUACUAAUUUAUAUUUACGAUAAAAGAAGUAUGAAUAACUUUUUGAAUUUUUGGAGAACGCUGGAGAUUAAAGAAUCCCAAAAAUAAAGUCGGUAGUCUUAAAUUGUAAAAGUCAAGCCUAUUAUGGAUUGAAGCAAUUUGACAAAUCAAUGUAACUUUGUCAAGAAGUUUUGGAGUAUGAUCCAAAAAAUAUUGAUUCUCUUUAUGGGAUUGGUAUGUGUCUUUAUCAUAGCAACCAAUUACACAAGGCUAUGACAUAUUUUAAUUAGAUUAUUCACGAAAAUCCUUUGGAUAUUAAAACCUUAAAGAUUAUGGCUAAGAUCAGCUCAACUUUAUAACUCUAUUACUAACUGAGUGAUUGUUGUGAUAAGAUAAUUGAAUUAGGAUUGGGAGAUCAAUCAAUUCACUAUUAUAGAGGAUUGGCCUUGAUGAAUCAAAAGUAGUAUUCAAAGGCAAUUGAAGAUUUUAACAAAACUCUUAGUUUUGACAAUAAGAAUAUUAUAGCUCUUAGAAAUAAAGAAAUAGCCUUUUGUUCAAUUUAAAUUAAAGAUUUUGAUUAAGCAGUUUUGUGUUAUGAUACGAUCAUGAAAUAGUUGAAAGAUGCAUCAGAAAAAUCUGAUUUGUUUUUUGAAAAAGGUUAUUGUCAUUUACUUGGAUAAUAAUUCUUUUCUGCUAAAACAAAUUUUGAUUCUGCAAUGUAACUAAAGCCAAAGAAUGAAGAUCUAAUAUUAAAAAUUGCUAAUGCCUAUCGGGAUAAUGGUAAUUUUUAACCUGCCACACAUAUGUAUGAUCGAUUGAUUAAGAUGAAACCUAACAAUCCUAUAUAUUAUGUAGAAAAGGCUGAACUUUUAAGCAAAUAAUAAAAUUAUAAGGAAGCAAAACUACAAUACGAUCAAGCUAUAUCGUUGCAAGGUGACAAUGCCUAGUACUAUAUUUCAAGAUCUAAAAUCAGAACAUUGAUUUAAGAAUUUGAUGAAGCCAUUACAGAUUUGUAAUAGGCAAUUAAGAUUAAUGACUAAGAUCCUGAGUUACUUUUUGAACUUGGAUAAUUGUUGUACAUGAAGCAGAAAUUUGAUCAAUCAAUGAUUUACUUCUAGAAGGCCAUUCAUUUAGAUGAGAAUAAUGAGAAAUACCACUUAAAAUAUGCUUAAGUGUUGUAAAUGCAAGAUUUCGACAAGGAGGCUAUCGAACAUCUUAGAGACGUUAUUGCUAAGCAUUCUGAAUUCGAUAAUUGUAAGAAUCUUUUGGAGAAUCUGAAUUCAAGUCCUGCUUAUUUCAGAGAAUAUUCUUAUACAUUUACUUACAUAAUGGUUUCAAUGUUUUCUGAAGGAAUGGUUAAUGAGAAUAGAUCAAUUGAUGCAGCCAGGUAAGAAUCACUUAGAAUAAUUUCGGAAAAAUUGAAGAAUGCAUUUCCAAACAUACCUAAUAUAUUUGAUAUUAUAAGAUCUUUGAUGACUACUAAAUUUGAAUAUAAUUUAAUAAAUAACCCAAAAGAAAUGAGAAGAAUAUUUGGUAUAUUAUUCAAAAGCAAGUUUGAAUCAUAAAGCCAAAUUAUUUCAGAAAUAAUUGAAGUAGGUAAAAGAAUUGGCAAAUUAAAAGAAAAUGACUUAAAAAAUGAUGAUUAAAAUGUAGAUCAAUCAUUACAUGAAAAAUUCUUAUCAUAGUGUUCAGAGUAUCAGAUGGGAUAGUUUUAAUGCAAAGCCUCUGUAUUGGCUCUCUAAGAUUCUGUGACCUUAUUAACUGGCAUAAUUUUAAGUUAUAAUAAAUUAGUUCAAACUUAACAACCAUUUAAGAUUUAGGUUUAUGAUAUGAUGAAGAAUGGAAGUUUGAAUAAAUUAAAGUAAAAAUGA